AUGAUUGGGGCCACCAGGCGCUGGUUCCGGCGCAAUCGCAAGGGCCUCGCUAUUGGCGCCGGCGUCAUCGGAGCAGGCUAUCUCGCCGGUCAAUAUGUCUUGAACAAGAUCUCCGAGGCGCGAGAACGCAUGAGCAGUGAUCGAAUCGCCCGGGAAAAUUUGCGACGUCGCUUCGAACAGAAUCAGACCGAUUGCACCUAUACCGUCUUGGCUCUCCUGCCCACCGCGACCGAGGAUAUUUUGGAAGCGUUGCCCGUGGAGGACCUGACCAAGGAAUUGCAGAAGAAACGGGCCGAGAGGCUGGCUCGGCUGAAUGCCGGCGAAGGCACAGGCUCCUCUGAUAUGAGCUCCGUCGCGCCCAGCCUGCCAGAGGAUGAUCGACGGAGCUUGUCUAGCUUGCAGAGUGAAGGGUUCGUCCGGGCGAGCCAAUUAGGGGAGUCGGCUCUAGAAGGCGAAGCGGCGGCUCAGCCGAAGCGGAACAAAACCCAGCUCUGGAAUGAAGUCAAGAUUACUUCAAUUACGCGCGCCUUUACUCUCAUCUACACCCUCUCUCUGCUGACCAUCUUCACCCGAAUCCAACUCAACCUCCUCGGCCGUCGGAACUACCUGUCUAGCGUCAUCUCUCUGGCCACGCCCCCGGCCGAUACCCCCACGAUCCGCCUGGAGGACCAUGACGACGAUGACCUCACACAGACCUUGGGCAAUGACUUUGAGACCAACCGGCGAUAUCUGGCGUUCAGCUGGUGGCUCUUGCACCGCGGCUGGAAGGAGCUUAUGCAGGAGGUACAGGCCGCUGUGACCGAGGUCUUCGGCUCGCUCAACCCCCGGGAGGAUAUCGCGCUGCCGAAACUGUCGGAGCUGGCCUUGGAAGUCCGGAAACGGGUCGAGGGCAAGACCGAGGAGGAGCGAAAGAAUCGGAAAUGGCUGGCCUUCCUGCUUCCCCCACGCGAGGAGGAAGAUCAGCUGUUGGAGGACUCGGGAGUCCUGGGGGUGACGGAACCAACCUCCGCCCAGACCACGUCGGCAUUGCGCCACCUUAUCGACGAGACGGCCGAUCUGAUCGAGUCCCCAACCUUCACGCGCGUCCUGACGCUCCUGAACAACGAGUCCUUUGAGACCUUGAUCCGGCAAUGCACGGCGGACGCCUUCAAGACGUCCGCGUCCGAAACCGAUCCCCGAUCGUUCACCUCCGUGGCCACGGUGGUCCCCACGGUCGAGCCCCGGACCAAGCUGGCGAACGUGCUGGCCGUGAUGGCCCGCCAGGCCCAUGUCAUCGGGAACGGCACCAACCCGCCCAACCUUUACCUGGCGGCCAUGGACCAAGGUGUGCGCGAGCUGGAGGCGUUCGCGGCGACGCAGACCCCACCCCCCGGUCUACCGCGUCUCACGCAGACCACGGAGCGCAGACUCAUGGCCAAGAUCGAUUGGCACCUGAUGCCCUGUCUGUGUGUCAUGUAUCUACUGGCGUUCCUCGACCGGGUAAACAUCAGCAACGCAGCCGUGCUGAAACUCCCAGAAGACCUGGACAUCGUGGAAGGGACCAAGUACAACACGGCGCUCACGAUCUUCUUCGUCCCCUAUGUGAUCUUCGAGGCAGUAUCGAUGUGCAUGUUUCUGUUUGGUCUCGUGACUAUUUUCCAAGGAUUGGUCACCAGUUGGGGAGGUUUGAUGACGACGCGUUGGUUUCUAGGCUUCUAUCUACUGGGGAUGUGGUACAAGCGCAGCGAGGCCCAAAAGCGAUUCACCUUCUUCUUCAGCUCCACGACGCUCGCCGGCGCCUUUGGGGGCCUGUUGGCCAGCGGACUCGGCAAGAUGGAAGGCAUUCGAGGAUACAACGGCUGGCGGUGGGUGUUCAUAUUCGAGGGUCUUCUGACCUGUCUCGUCUCGUUUGCCUUGUUCUUUAUGCUCCCUGACUUUCCCGAGGAGACGAAGUGGCUUACUGACGAGGAGCGCGAGUUCCUCCGGGUCAAGCUGGCUGAGGAUGUGGGUGAAGCGGGGCAUGAGACGGUGUUGACCUGGCGUGGUGUUUUGGAUGUAUUCAAGGAUUAUCUUCAUCGGGGGGUUGAUGUAUUUUGGGCAGAUUGUUACAGCUUAUGGCUACGCAUUCUUUGCACCAACGAUCAUCAAGACCUUUGGCCACAGCCGUACCUAGCUAUCAUGACCCAGCUGUAUUCGAUUCCCCCAUGGGCAGCAGCCUGGGGCUUCUCAAUGCUCAUCGCCAUCCUGUCCGAUAAGCUGCGCCAUCGAUUCGCAUUCACCGUCAUCCCCAUGUUGAUCGCCAUGGCAGGCUUCGCGAUCCUACUAAACGUGCACGGGAUAGAAAACCGCCAGGUCCAAUACGGGGCUCUGUUCAUGGUCACCUGCGGCUGCUAUAGCGCCAUGCCGGUGGUUGUCUGCUGGUUCGUCAUGAACCUUGGAGGACACCGCCGGCGGGGUGUAGGCACGGCGUGGCAGAUUGGAUUUGGAAAUGUCGGCGGGAUUAUCUCCACGUAUGCAUUCUUGAAGAAGGACGACUCGUACCGCAAUGGCUACAUCAUCAGUGUGUCCUUCCUUAGCUUUUCGGCUGCUUGCUGCAUCUCGUAUUUCAUGGCUAUCUGGACGGAGAAUCGGCGACGGGACCGGGCAGCGGCCAACGGGACGGCGCCUGAGGUGCAGGACCAGGACCAGGAGCUCCUUGGGGAUAUGGCUGUAAACUAUCGCUAUUCGUAUUAG